AUGUCUAUAAUUUAUGGUUUAAUAGCUAGAGAAAAGACUGUGUUAGCAGAAUAUACCGAAUAUGGAGGAAACUUUUCUAAUAUAAGUAGACUACUUCUUGAAAUAAUACCACCACAUACAUCCAGGAAAUCAUAUAUAUAUGAUGAUUAUGUAUUUCAUCAGCUUAUAAAAAAUGGUAUAACAUUUAUGGCAAUGACAGAUAAAGAAUUGGGUUUUCUUACACCUUAUGCAUUUCUUGAACAAAUAUCAAAAAUAUUUUUUAAAAACUUUAAUAAUACAUCCGACCUUAUUACUCUAUCACUGGAUGAAGAAUUUAAACCCGUAUUGAAGGAAAAUAUGCGCGUUUUUAACGAUUAUGAAACCAAUGAUGUUCAUAAUAUUAAGAACCAAAUAAGUAAUAUACAAAACAUUAUUAUUGAAAACAUUGAGAAAAUUUUAGAGAGACGAGAAAAAAUAGAUAUUUUAGUUAACAAAACUGAGAAGUUAUAUCAAGAAAAUAUAAAUUUUAGAAGACAAGCUAUGAAUUUUAAUUUCCAUAUGUGGUUAGAAAAUAACCGAAUGACAAUAUAUUUUAUUUCAAGUAUAAUUAUAUUCAUUUUUUUUAUAUGGUCCUUAUAUAAUGUAUAA